AUGCUGGCCGUCGAGGAUCUAGCCGAGUCACCAAACCGACCACCGAUUCCAUCGAUUGACCAUUGGCCCCGCUCAAGAGCUAUAAUUGAAGCAGACGGCAGUGCAGAUCUCCUCCGAUCCACCAUGGGUUCCCAGAGUUGCCAAGCCGCCAUGGACGACCUCGAGAAAUCGCAAGCGGGCACAGAAAUUGAGAUGGCUUACAGGCGACUCCUGUUCGAGGGCCAAAUUGAGCGAGCUCGGCAGUACUUGUUCAAUCGUCAGGACUACCGAUCAGCCAAGGAAUCGCUCCUUGCCGCAGCCAACGUAGGUCGUGGGUGGAUCGAUCAGGUCGAAAUGGCCCGAAUUCACUACUAUCUCGGUCUAAUGGAAUUUGUCGAUCUCGACAUGGAGAGCGCCCGUUGGCAUUUCAGCUUUGCAGUAGCAUGUUCUCGCACCCCAUGCAUCGAAGCAACCAAUGUACUUUUCUGGUUCGAUAUCGCGCGUCCAUGCGUCCAUUACCAAACCUGGGUGGAACGGAUGGGAGUCUACACUCGCUUUCGGUGGGACCAUCGGGUGUAG